AUGAAACUUUGGACAUCACCCUGGGUGUCUUGCCUGGUGAUUCUCAUCUUGUGUUUUGGAUCAGAGUGCGGGAUAGUCCGGAAAAAGGGGAGAUCCAAGAGGGAGUUGGUGCGCAUUAGGGAGGCGAAAGCCACCAUCCCAGGGGCUUGUGCCACACGUCUGCCCCGGGGCAAACGCUCUUUGCCCGGCUUGGAGCGACGGGUGCUUCGGCAGCGCCGGCGCUCCUCUCAAGCGGAGGGAAACUCACCAGACCGAGGGAAAGCUGUCUAUUUUACCGGCAGGGGAGAUCAGCUACGGCUGAAGCCUGGCGUGGAGAUACCCAGAGGCAAUUUCACUCUGGAGAUGUGGAUCAAACCGGAGGGAGGUCAACGAUCGCCUACAGUGAUCGCAGGCCUUUACGACAAAUGCUUUUAUGCCUCCAGUGACCGAGGCUGGCUGCUUGGCAUCCAGGCGGAUAGUGAAUACGGCGACCGCGAUCCACGCUUCUUCUUCUCCCUUAAAACUGACCGUGCCCACAAAGUGACCUCAAUCCGCUCCAACGCUCGUUAUAUACCAAACCAAUGGGCACAUAUUGCAAUCACCUAUGAUGGCGUAUACAUGAAGCUCUUCGUCAAUGGAGCCCAGGUCGCCGUUAGUCGAGAGCAAUCUGGCGAUGUCUUCAGCCAUUUGACCCAAAAGUGCAAAGUGCUGAUGAUUGGGGGCAAUGCACUCAACCAUAAUUACAGGGGGGCAGUGGAAAGGGUGAGUCUAUGGAGGGAGGCCCGAGGGCAGAGGCAUAUCAUCAGGGAUAUGCAAGGCCACGAGGACCCCCAAGAUCUACCUAAGCUGAUAAUUCGUGAAACAUUUGAGCACCCAGGUCGUAAGUGGCUGACUGUAAAAGAUGGUAGUUUUCCUCAGCCUGAGCACAGAGGAGGUGCGAGGUCAGGGUUUGUGAAUGGUGGUGGAAAUGGAAACGCUGAGGGAUUACUGGACACAAGCUUGGAGCCUCCAACUUGUGGUCAAACUGUCUGCGACAACGUUGAGGUCAUUCGAAACUACAACCAACUUUGGACCUUCCGCCGACCAAAGAAAGUUCGAUAUCGUGUUGUAAAUAUUUGGGAUGAUGCAAGGACAAGGCCAACUGUGUCAGACCACCAGAUCAUUCUGCAGCAUCAGCAGCUUAAUGACGCCUUCAGCCCCUAUAACAUAACCUGGGAGCUUAGCAUUCACAACGUGACCAACUCUUCUCUACGCAACCGCCUGAUCUUAGCUAACUGUGACAUCAGCAAAAUUGGCGAUGAUCAGUGUGACCUAGAAUGCAACCAUCCGCUGACAGGAUUUGAUGCAGGCGACUGCAUGUCUAGAUAUCGAACCCGCUGCCCUGAACACAAGCAGGGUAAUGGUAUAUGUGACCCUGAGUGUAACUGGGAAAACUUCUUCUAUGAUCUUGGCGACUGCUGCAACCCCAAUGUGACAGACGUGACCAAGACAUGCUUCAACCGUUCCUCUCCACACAAAGCCUAUUUGGAUAUGAAAGAGCUCAAAGAGAUUUUGCAGUUGGAUGGCUCAACUCACCUGAAUGUUUUCUUUGCCAAUUCUUCUGAUGAAGAUCUGGCAGGGGUUGCCACAUGGCCCUGGGACAAAGAGGCCCUCACACACUUGGGUGGAAUUGUGCUGAAUCCUUCUUUCUACGGCACAUUUGGUCACACUGACACAAUGGUCCAUGAGAUUGGUCAUAGCCUCGGCCUUUACCAUGUGUUUCGAGGUGUGUCCGAGACUGAAUCAUGCAAUGAUGCGUGCUUGGAGACUGAGCCCUCAAUGGAGACUGGGGACUUGUGUGCAGACACCAAACCCACUUCCAAAUACAAAGGCUGCAGCGAUCCCGAACCAGGCAAUGAUACUUGUGGCAUCCGUCAUUUCACGCAUACACCGUUUAACAAUUACAUGAGUUAUGCAGACGAUGCUUGUACAGACUCUUUCACAAUGAACCAGGUGGCUAGGAUGCACUGCUACCUGGACCUCAUCUAUCAGACCUGGCAGCCUGCUUCCAAACCUCCUCUGGUGCCAAUGGCUCCUCAGGUGGUUGAGCAGCAUCAUAAUUCCAUCACCCUGGAAUGGUUUCCACCAAUUUCCGGACAGUUUUAUGACAGAGAAGUGGGAUCAGUGUGUGACAAAUGCACUGAAGGGAGAGUCCUACUACAGUAUGCAUCAAACUCUUCUUCUCCACGACCAUGUGAUCCAUCUGGUCACUGGUCCCCUCGAGAGGCUGAAGGCCCUCCUGAUGUGGAGCAGGCUUGUGAACCAAGUGUGCGUACCUGGAGCCCUCAUUCAGCAACCGAGCAAGACAUCGUUGGCCUGCCAGAGUGCCCUUCACAGGGCUGCAUGCUUCAGCUAGAGUUCGCCUACCCACUGGUACCUGACUCCUUGACUGUGUGGGUUACAUUUCUUAGCCGCGAGGAAACGGCGCUGCCUGCGAUCCAUAACAUCUUGCUGCUGACCGUCAGUGGAAACAACAUUUCACUGGGUCCCAGCAAUGUUUUCUGUGAUACCCCGCUCACUAUGAAGCUGGACAUUGAGGAAGAGGUGUAUGGGGUACAGUUCUACACUAUGGAGCAGCAUCUGGAGAUCGACGCCACUCUUUUGACAUCCAAGCCCAACUAUAAACUCUGCAACCAUUGCCAGCCUUUACGCUACCGCCUGUUGCGUCAGCCACCCUUCACACAUGCCCCCAACGGUCUGCUGCUGAAUGAACCUACCCGCCGAUAUACAGAUAGGGAUGUGAUACCACAUGUUACGUAUACUUACCAGGUCCAAACAAUCUCCAGUCAAAGUGAGAGUGAGCCAUCUCCACCUUUGGUGCAUCAACUUGGGGCACCCUAUUGUGGUGAUGGUCGCAUCCAAAGUUCCAAAGGAGAGGAAUGUGACGAUAUGAACUCUAUGAAUGGGGAUGGCUGUUCUAGUCAGUGCAAGAAAGAGCCAUUCUUCAACUGUGUUGAGGAGCCAAGCAUGUGCUACUACUAUGACGGUGAUGGGGUAUGCGAGGAUUUUGAGCGAGAGACAGGUGUGAGAGACUGUGGCCUCUAUACCCCCAGUGGUUUCCUGGACCAGUGGGCUUCCUCUAUUGAAGUUUCCCAUGAAGAAAAGCCCUAUUGUUCUGGUGAAGUUGCUGCUGGAUAUCCCGCUGUGACUAAGACAUGUCAGUCCAAGGUGUUUGACCUAUCUGAUGGAGUGUCGCAGUACGCAUGGUUCCCCUGUCGAGUGGCUGAUUCAGCCUGGGGAUAUUAUACAUACUGGCUUAAGGCCCACUUUUCUCAUCCCAUGGUGGCAGCAGCAGUAAUUAUACACUUGGCUGCUGAUGGGACUGGCUUCAUUGAUCAGACACAAUGUAAUAUUACUGUUCAACUGGUGGACACCAAGGAGGGGAUCCAUAGCCUAGGUGAGUGGCGUCUAAGCUGUCGCACAAACCCUUUGGUCAUCCCAGUGAGUCAUGACCUGUCAGUGGCCUUUUACCACACCAAGGCUAUCCUGGUGAUGUUUUCCUCUCACCUCGUGGCCAUCUCCGGCGUAGCCCUACGUUCCUUCCAGUCUUUUGACCCCAUCACAAUAAGUGGCUGCCAAAGCAAUGAGAUCUACAAUCCCACAGGACAGAGUUGUGUACAUUAUUCGUGUGAGGCCAUUGACUGCCAGGAACCCCUGAUCCGCAAUGCAGAGCUAAAGUGCAGUAGCCCUGGCCACCACUUCUACAAUGGAGACCGCUGCACCAUCUCCUGCAACUCUGGAUAUGUCCUGCAAGUCCACCAGGACGAUGACAUCAUCAAGAGUCAGUCAGAGACUUCAGUGACAAUAACUUGUGCAAAUGGGAAGUGGAACAAACAGGUAUCGUGCGAGCCUGUGGACUGUGGUUUGCCAGACAAGUAUCAUGUUCAUCCUGCCAUUUUCAGCUUUCCAGAGGGCACCACCUAUGGCAGAAAGAGCACCUUUCAGUGUCGAGAACCUGCCCAGCUAAUGGGUACAAACAACACGCUUACCUGCCUCGAGGAUGGUCUAUGGUCCUUCCCAGAGGCUCUCUGUGAGCUUCGUUGCCCAGCCCCUCCUCUUGUACCCAAUGCUGUGCUGCAGACAAAACGUUGCCAGCAGUCAGACUUAAAAGUUGGCACACUCUGCAAGUACAAGUGCAGGCCAGGCUACCAUGUUACCAAUAAACCCAAGCGGCGUGCAUUCAAACGCCAGUGCACAGAAGACGGCACCUGGCUCGAGGGAUCUUGCGAGCCCGUGACUUGUGAUCCUCCACCUCCGAUCUUCCAUGGCUCCUAUAACUGUACCAAUGGGUUUCGUUUUGACAGUACCUGCACUCUAAACUGCUCUGAUCCUGCUGGUAAUACUGCUAUCGCCAGCACAGGACGCUCUGCCCAUACGGGCACAGGGUCCAAUGAGAUCCGCUGUCGAAAAGAUGGAAAUUGGACAGGGUCGUUCCGCCUGUGCCCACACAGCCAAGGCCAGUGUUCUUUACCUCAAAACCUCCAUUAUAGCCUGCAAUACUCAUGCAAACGAGGACACGGCAUAGGUGAGGACUGUGAGCUGACAUGUAGAGAGGGGAACAACGAUGUUGUGAUUCUCCCUCACAAUAUGACCGUAGAAAAAGUAAUGAAAGAGCACUGGAGAAAUCCACCUAAGGUGAAGAGUAUUAUCUGUACAAUGGGGCUGAAAUGGUAUCCACACCCAGAAUUCCUCCACUGCAUCAAAGGAUGUGAGCCAUUCAUGGGAGACAACUACUGUGACUCAGUAAACAACAGAGCCUUCUGUAACUACGAUGGAGGAGACUGCUGCCAAUCGACUGUCAAGACUAAAAAGGUGAUUCCAUUCCCAAUGUCCUGUGACUUACGAGAUGAGUGUUCCUGUCGGGAUCCCAAUGCUGUAGAGAACAGAAAGGAUGAGCAUGUCCAUUCCCUGGGGUGACCAACCUUAGCAAGGACCCUUUGUUCAACAACCUAGGACCCUUUCCCCAACACCACAUAGCCAAAGUGGCUGAGGCAGACUCUCCUUCAUCCUCUUCUUGGCCUUCGAUUUCCUGCACAUGCUGCUUAAAAGGCAUACCUCUCCAUCCAUCCAUACUGCAACCCCAACCUGCUGAAAUGCCUCCAUCUCUCCACAACCGAAAGAUACAGAAAAGAAGAUGGGACUCCAUAAAACCUUCAUUUUUCAGCUUAAAGGAAAGUAACCCCUGCAAUACAUUAAAUCAUUAAAGUACAAAUUAAGCAAAGCAAGAAAAAAAAAACACAAAAUAAAAUGAAUUACAUGAAGCAGACAUUUUUGAAAAAAAUGAGAAAACAAAACAAAACAAAAAAGAACAAAAAAAACCAAACAACAACAACAACAACAUAACCAAGCCUAGGUAGCAUGCCUUUUGUUGAGUUUUGUGCUGGCUUUAGUGUCUAUUUUAGUGACCUUACUCUACAAUCAAGUGAUUGAACCAAAGGAAUAUCAAAAUGCAUACGUCGAGGACAGAAUUGAUUUUGCCUCCGUGUUUCGGAAAUAUGAAGGAAGUUAAGACAAAUGUUAAAAAUAAUCUUCACACACUCUGAAAGCUUGUUCAACUUUUUUUUGGAGGGGCUAGAAGUUGGUGCUGAUCAGAUAUUCUAUAUCUGUGUGUCACUAUAAGUAAAGUGUGUUUCUUCACUGGCACAUCAGAGGCUUUAGGUUAUUUCUAUCUUGGUGGGGAAUAAGAGAGCCAUGUUAAUAUGGAAGUCGUAGAUUCAACACACUCACAAAGACCCCAAAUAUAAAGGCGCACACAAACCACAGCUAGCCACAGAAACAGGUUCCGAAGACGAUUUAAUAAGUAUAGAGCAAAAUCCCAAAAGCAUAGUGAAAACAUUUUAGGGCUUUCACUACUGUCCAUCUUCACAUAAUAACAUUUAACUGGGUUAGACAGCUUUGUCUUCCUUGCUGCUUAAAGUACCUCUUUAUAGCAUUCAUUCACACCUCUAUGUUUGCUCAUAAUACAUUUUCUCACAUUAACACAGAUUGCAUUAGAACACAUGUUGACAACACCACAUAUAAAAUGCACUAAGAACUUUAAAAGAAAUCCAGAACCUCAGUUGUCCUUGCCUCUUUCACCCAGUA